GCUGUCGCCUCAGAUUGAAGGCCAUUGAUUUGUAUGUAUUUGUCCCAGUGCCGGAGGCUGCCCCAGCCGCCGGCGUCCGUGCCGCCGCUGCCAGUGGAGUUGGCUCCCUGCUUCCCUAGGGUGGUUCAGGUCCACCAAACAUGUCGGCUCCAGUCGGGCCCCGGGGCCGCUCGGCUCCCACCCCGGCGGCCUCUCAGCCGCCUCCGCAGCCCGAGAUGCCCGACCUCAGCCACCUCACCGAGGAGGAGAGGAAAAUCAUCCUGGCUGUUAUGGAUCGGCAGAAGAAGGAAGAGGAGAAGGAGCAGUCAGUGCUCAAGGUCAAAGAAGAAUACAAACCACAACCGACACAGUGGUUUCCCUUUAGUGGGAUCACUGAACUGGUAAAUAACGUUCUUCAGCCCCAGCAAAAACAACAAAAUGAAAAGGAACCCCAGACAAAACUUCAUCAGCAGUUUGAAAUGUAUAAGGAGCAAGUUAAGAAGAUGGGAGAAGAAUCACAGCAACAGCAAGAACAGAAGGGUGAUGCCCCAACUUGUGGUAUCUGCCACAAAACGAAAUUUGCUGAUGGAUGUGGCCAUAACUGUUCAUAUUGCCAAACAAAGUUCUGUGCUCGUUGUGGAGGUCGAGUGUCAUUACGCUCAAACAAGGAGGACAAAGUGGUUAUGUGGGUAUGUAAUUUGUGCCGAAAACAACAGGAAAUCCUCACUAAAUCAGGAGCAUGGUUUUAUAACAGUGGAUCUAAUAUACCACAGCAAUCUGAUCAAAAAGUUCUUCGAGGACUGCGAAAUGAGGAGGCGCCUCAGGAGAAGAAAGCAAAACUGCGUGAGCAGGCCCAAUUUCAAGGACCCCCAGGUGACUUAUCUGUACCUGCAGUGGAGAAAAGUCGAUCUCAUGGGCUCACAAGACAGGAUUCUAUUAAAAAUGGGUCAGGAAUGAAGCACCAAAUUGCCAGUGACAUAGCUUCAGACAGGAAAAGAAGUCCAUCGGUGUCCAGAGAUCAGAAUAGAAGAUACGACCAAAGGGAAGAAAGAGAAGAAUAUUCGCAGUAUGCUCCUUCAGACAGCGCAAUGCCCAGAUCUCCAUCAGACUAUUCUGAUAGACGAUCUCAACUUGAACCUCAGUUUUAUGAAGAAUCUGAUAAUUUAAAUUAUAGGGAUUCCAACAGGAGAAGUCAUAGGCAUUCCCAAGAAUAUAUUGUAGAUGAUGAGGAUGUGGACAGCAGAGAUGAAUAUGAAAGACAAAGGAGAGAGGAGGAGUACCAGGCCCGCUACAGAAGCGAUCCAAAUUUGGCCCGUUAUCCAGUAAAGCCACAGCCCUAUGAAGAACAAAUGCGUAUCCAUGCUGAAGUGUCCCGAGCACGGCAUGAGAGAAGGCAUAGUGAUGUUUCUUUGGCAAAUGCUGAACUAGAAGAUUCCAGGAUUUCUUUACUAAGGAUGGAUCGACCAUCAAGGCAAAGAUCCAUAUCUGAACGUAGAGCUGCCAUGGAAAAUCAGCGAUCUUAUUCAAUGGAAAGAACUCGAGAAGCUCAGGGACAAAGUUCUUAUCCACAAAGGACCACAAACCAUAGUCCUCCUACCCCUCAGAGGAGUCCAAUACCCAUUGAUAGACCAGACAUGAGGCGUACUGACUCACUAAGGAAACAACACCUAGAUCCCAGCUCUGCUGUGAGGAAAACAAAACGGGAAAAAAUGGAAACUAUGUUGAGGAAUGAUUCUCUCAGUUCAGACCAGUCAGAAUCAGUGAGACCACCACCACCAAAGCCUCAUAAAUCAAAGAAGGGUGGGAAAAUGCGCCAGGUUUCAUUGAGCAGUUCUGAGGAGGAGUUGGCUUCCACACCUGAAUAUACAAGUUGUGAUGAUGUUGAGAUUGAAAGUGAGAGUGUAAGUGAAAAAGGGGACAGUCAAAAGGGAAAAAGAAAAACUAGUGAGCAGGCAGUUUUGUCGGACUCUAACACCAGGUCUGAGAGACAAAAGAAAAUGAUGUACUUUGGUGGCCACUCUUUGGAAGAGGAUUUGGAAUGGUCUGAACCUCAGAUUAAGGACUCUGGGGUAGAUACCUGUAGUAGCACAACCCUUAACGAGGAGCAUAGCCAUAGUGAUAAGCAUCCUGUGACCUGGCAACCAUCUAAAGAUGGAGAUCGCCUAAUUGGUCGUAUUUUAUUAAAUAAGCGACUAAAAGAUGGAAGUGUACCUCGAGACUCAGGAGCAAUGCUUGGUUUAAAGGUUGUAGGAGGAAAGAUGACUGAAUCAGGUCGGCUCUGUGCAUUUAUUACCAAAGUCAAAAAAGGAAGUUUAGCUGAUACUGUAGGACAUCUUAGACCAGGUGAUGAAGUAUUAGAAUGGAAUGGAAGGUUAUUGCAAGGAGCAACAUUUGAGGAAGUAUACAACAUCAUUUUAGAAUCCAAACCUGAACCACAAGUGGAGCUUGUUGUUUCUCGGCCUAUUGGAGAUAUACCUAGAAUACCUGAUAGCACACAUGCACAACUGGAGUCCAGUUCUAGCUCAUUUGAAUCUCAAAAAAUGGAUCGGCCUUCUAUUUCCGUUACCUCUCCCAUGAGCCCUGGCAUGUUGAGGGAUGUUCCACAGUUCUUAUCUGGACAACUUUCAAUAAAACUAUGGUUUGACAAGGUUGGUCACCAAUUAAUAGUUACAAUUCUGGGAGCAAAGGAUCUCCCCUCUCGGGAAGAUGGGCGACCAAGGAAUCCUUAUGUUAAAAUUUACUUUCUUCCAGACAGAAGUGAUAAAAACAAGAGAAGAACAAAAACGGUUAAGAAAACAUUGGAACCCAAAUGGAACCAAACAUUCAUUUAUUCUCCAGUUCAUCGAAGAGAAUUUCGAGAACGAAUGCUGGAAAUUACCCUUUGGGAUCAAGCUCGAGUUAGAGAGGAAGAAAGUGAAUUUUUAGGAGAGAUUUUAAUUGAAUUAGAAACAGCAUUAUUAGAUGAUGAACCACAUUGGUACAAACUUCAGACCCAUGAUGUCUCUUCAUUGCCACUUCCCCACCCUUCUCCCUAUAUGCCACGAAGACAACUCCAUGGAGAGAGCCCAACUCGGAGGUUGCAAA